AUGUGCUCGACCAAAGAGGUUGGGUAUCAGAGGGCCACAGAUGCGAUAGCCUCGUUUAUAGGGCUUGAUGAGCACACAGGUUUUGACACACUCGUUCUAGCAUCUUACCAAGACUCAUCAACUACAACUACUGCAACAGAAACCUUUCUACCAUCCUCAGACUGCACAGCAGCUGUCACAAUUACCUGCUCUAACGAGAUUGUGACUGAGUUUGUUACUGCUUCGAGCACCCUGGCUGUCAAGAGUGACUUUUCUUCCUCGCAUUCAACCGUGCCUCAAUGCAAUGCCAUUACCGUUACGACAUCUACUGCCACAGUCACCAUCCCAGCCGAACCCGCAACUGAGGUCAUUAUCAUAAGCUCCAUCGCAACAACACCGACUGAAUUGGCGAGUGUCUAUGUUGACAUUGUGACUGAGAUCGUCACCACCAUGACGAUUCUAACUGUCGAAGGCGAAGAGUCAAGCCCGGCCGUACCCGUGUCUGGUAGCCGCCAUAGAAGCAGUGCAGCUUCUGAUGGGCUUGUACCUGCUCCAUCGUCGAUGACAAGCACCCCAUCAAUGCAAGGAAUUCCGGAUGAUAACACCAAACCAUGCGCGGUUCCCUAUACGCCAGAGGAGAGGCCCACUUCCACAAGCAGAGGCACAACAUUCAAACCGCCAUCCACUAUCACCCGCGCAACAGCAAGUCCGGAGGGUGUCAUUGAAACGGCCGGAACUGCUCGCGCAGGGCAUCUCAGCACGCCGAGCACUUCCAAUGCACGCAGUCUGCCCGCAGCGGUCGGCCGGCCCCUCGAUAAAAAUCCACUCGGCACCAGCGAAUCGGUUGGCUCUGUCUCGACGACGACGUCUGGGAUAUCUCUGCCCUCCUCCCCAAUGCGUACUACCACGACGACCAACGCAAUAUGGCCGAUUCAUUCUCCAUGCGGGCACCGAGCACCCAGUCCAGAGCAAAGCUUGGUUCAAACGGAAACAGCAGAGGCGCGUCCGGUGAGAGCCUUGCCCUGGCUGCCCAUGACGUUUCGCACGUCGACUCGUGCCCCGUUGGAGUAG